AUGAAGAAGUACAUCCUCCAGACCCGAAAUGGGUUCAUUAUUAGUCACUUGCUCAACAUUGGGAAAGAUCUGAACGUCGGAAAUGCCGAAGAGUUCAUUGUUGCUACGUUGGAAAAAGUUUAUAUUGGCAUAAGCUGGAGUCGGAAUGAGAAGCUUCUGAAGGGGGGAUCCCACAUUAUCGCCAAACAUCCUUCAUUCCAUUCUCAUUUACAUCGUUCGCUGCUCUCACACACGAGUUCGAACUCCACAGGCGAGAAGCAGCAUACAUACCCAGAAUGUUUGUUGACGGAGAUGGGAUGGGAAUACAUGGGAACAGUGAAUAUGACGGAAUCGGGACGGGAGUGCUUACCUUGGAGGGCCUACCCUUACACAAGUGUGGAUUACUUCUGGGAAACGAAAACUGGAGGAAUGCCUCCAAUCAAUUAUACAUACGAGAAAUCCUUCCGUAAUUGGAACUCAAUUAUUCAUCGCAACUACUGUCGGAAUCCGUUCGGGAGGGAGAGACCUUGGUGUUUCGUCUCGGACCCUGCCGUCCAAUGGGAAUACUGCUACAUCCCCAUGUGCACCGACCGCGCCCCCCCGGAGUGCAAGUUGACCGAACUGGGCGGCGAAUACAGUGGAACGAAGAACGAGACGAUCACGGGCCGAACGUGCCUCCCUUGGAGAAACUUCGAUGAGACGAUGGAUCCGUCUUCGCUCCCAUAUUCCGAUGACGUCGAUGCCCAUCAAAACUUUUGUCGCAACUUCAGACUUUCUGAGGCCGUGCGGGUGAAACAGGUUGCUCCCUGGUGUUAUAUCGAGGAUACGAAUCCCCCAGCUUGGGAAUACUGCGAUGUGAGCUUCUGCGAGCGUCGAAUUGAAAUCGGAGUCGAGGGGCAUGUGUAUCCUGAAUGCCGACUGUCAGAGAAGGGAAUCGAAUACGUGGGAAGCAAGAACGAGACCGAGAAUGGAAAAUCUUGCCAACGAUGGGACGUAUAUAUCAUACGACUUCAAGUAUUGACUUACCCCUAUAUGUUUUCAUUCAACGACUUCCCCAAUAUCAUAUCUCCAGAGAAUCACUGCCGGAACACUGGGCAAUUGGACCGGCCGUGGUGUAUGGUAUCUGAUCUCAAUACGGUGUGGGAAUACUGUGACAUUCCCGUUUGCGAAAAUCUAGAUCCGCUGGAAUGCAAGUUGAGUCCACUUGGAAUCGAAUAUGUGGGGAUGCUGAACGUGACGAUAUCUGGGAAUCCCUGCAAACCUUGGUUGGAGGUGUGUGCAAAAAAGCCCUCUGCAUGCGAAUGGCUAGUAUCGAGAUUUCCAGACGAACUUGAUGGGAAACACCGGUUUUGUCGAAAUAAGGCUCCAUCAUACCACGGCCCAUGGUGUUUCACCUACUCUGACGACGGAAUUGAAUGGGAGUAUUGCGACGUUCCCUUCUGCCCACCUACCGAUCAGAAACGAUGCGACAUUCGAGUGGGUGGGCGUUGCGUCAGCCCAUUUGAGUGCAAAGUUGACGAGAAAGGAGUGAAAUACAUUGGGACGAAAAACGUGACCAGGAAGGGCCAGCCAUGCCAGCCGUGGUUGAGCAAUUCCCCGAACAACCAACUCCUCAUCAUCGACUACGACAUCUCGCACUUUUACUAUAACGACAGAAGUAAGUGGUAG